GGCUGGGUGACGUCACAUCCAGGCGGAAGCGGUCCCUCCGGCUCGGCUCCGGCUCCGGCAGCGAUGGGGACGAGGAGGGACGAGGAGGGACGUGGACGCUGAUGGUCGCUGAUGGUCGCCGGGCUGCGCUGAGCCUCAGCUGCCUGCUCGUUUCUCUGCUGCUCUAAUAUGUUGCUGCGGUUGCCGCGGGCCUGAGUUGUGGCAGAAUGUUUGGGUUCAAGUCGAGCAACUUCACCACCUUAAUCGUGGGCUUGUUCGUUGCCUACGUGUUGCACACAUGUUGGGUGAUGUACGGCAUCGUUUACACCAAGCCCUGUGUCAGCCCCAAGACCCACAACUGCAUCAAACCCUAUCUAGCCGGGAACCCGAGAAUCCAGCUGAGCAUUUAUACUUCAACAAAAAGCAGUGUUACCGAUGGGGCCAAUCUAAACCUUAUGCUUACUAUCGACCACUUUGACGUCAACUUUAAAUUUGAGAGGGACGUCAAUGUUUCAUUACCAAAGAAAACCCGUAGUAAUGGGACACUGUAUACUCAUAUGUUUCUCCACCAUGUUGGCAUGCUACCUUGGCAUGACAGCAAACACGUGUAUGCCAUUGGACACCUUACAACAUACAUGAUUCCUAAGCCUGAGGAAAUUAACUUAAUUACAGGAGAGACCAGCAGCCAAGAAGCAGUGACUGGUGCUGAAACUAAAGGUCCUGACCAGCCUGUAGCACACUGGAGAUCUCGACUCACCAUCAAUAUCAUGGCAGACAACUUCACUUUUGAUGGCUCAGCACUUCCUGCAGAUGUGCACAGAUAUUUAAAACUGAUGCAGCAUGGAAAGUCUGUGCAGUACCUUCCUAUACUGUUUGUUGACGAGCUAAGCAAUCGAGUGAGAGAUUUAAAAAUUAUAAAUGGUACAGCAGGGGCAUUACCUCUUACUAUCUGCUAUGAUGCUAUAUCACUCGGAAAGCUGCGGUUUUGGACACACAUGCAAGAGGCUGUCUAUUCAUUGCAACAGUUUGGUUUCACUGAAAAAGAUGUCGAUGAAGUAAAAGGGAUCUUUGUGGAUACUAAUCUCUACUUCUUAGCUUUAACAUUCUUUGUUGCAGCAUUCCAUCUCCUAUUUGAUUUCUUGGCUUUUAAAAAUGAUAUUACCUUUUGGAGGCGAAAGAAAAACAUGGUUGGCAUGUCAACAAAAGCAGUGCUUUGGCGAUGCUUUAGUACUCUAGUGGUAUUUCUUUUCCUUUUGGAUGAAAGGACCAGUUUAUUAGUACUAAUUCCAGCUGGAGUAGGUGCUAUCAUUGAGGUCUGGAAAGUUAAGAAAGCCUUCAAAAUCACUGUGAAGUGUCAUGGUUUAAAGCCAGUAUUUCAGUUUGGAACAUUUGAUGAGUCUGAAAAAAAGACUGAAGAAUAUGAUACUCAGGCAAUGAAAUAUUUGUCCUACAUACUUUAUCCACUUUGUUUUGGUGGAGCUGUAUAUUCCUUAUUAAAUAUGAAGUACAAAAGCUGGUAUUCAUGGUUGAUCAACAGUUUAGUUAAUGGUGUCUAUGCUUUUGGAUUCCUGUUUAUGCUGCCUCAACUAUUUGUUAAUUAUAAGUUGAAGUCUGUGGCACACUUACCAUGGAAGGCUUUUAUGUAUAAAGCAUUCAACACCUUUAUAGAUGACAUAUUUGCCUUCAUCAUCACCAUGCCAACAUCACAUAGACUAGCUUGCUUCAGAGAUGAUGUGGUGUUCCUUGUUUACCUGUAUCAGAGAUGGCUUUACCCAGUGGAUAAAACAAGAAUAAAUGAGUUUGGUGAAUCGUAUGAUGAAAAAGACACAAAGAAAAAGCUGCAUAAGGAAUGACUUCAGACUGAACUUACUCUGCAAUUAGUGUCUGUUCUGUUGCAAGCAAUCUUUAUGCGCUGCUGCCUGCAGCACAGUGACUUAAUUGAUCUUUCCUACUGUGACUGCGGUAUCUCCAGCAGUGCCAAUCUCCUUGGAUUUAUAAUUCCAGGUCAUACUUCUGAGUUAAACAGUAUUACACGUACAAAGAUAGAAAUUAUAAACAAUAAAGUUGCUGCUUGACAGCACAGUUUAGAUUUGUAAAUUGUCGUUUGUUCCAAGAGUCCAUUCAACUGAGAGAUGUUUUGGGGCAGUAACCAGUCAGAACGCCUGCCACAGUUGAUCUACUUCAUUAAGGACUGAAGUAUUCAGGCAUCCACACACUACUGUUCCCAGUUUGGUUUCUGUUUAUUUCUUUCCAAUUUUUCUUUCUUUGUGUACAUUACCUAAACUGUGAAUGAUUUAUGUGCCAAGUUAGUCAAAGUUUUUGGUUUUGUGCAACUGUAGUUAUUAGAAUCAUAAAGCUGUAUGGCACGCAAACAGGCCCUUCAGCCCAUCUUGUCUAUGCCGACCAAGUUGACAUACGUGGCUAGUCCCAUUUGCCUGCAUUUGGUUGAUAACCCUCUAAACCCUUCCCAUCUAUAUAUCUGCCCAAAAGUAUUUUAAAAGCCAUCAUUGUAUCCACUUCCAUAGCUUCCUCUGGCAGCUCAUUCUAAAUACAGAAUAGCGUCUUGAGGGAAAAGAUUGCUCCCAUGUUCCUUCUUGUAUCUCUUUCCUCAUCUCUAGUUUUAAAAUCCGUUGCCCUUUAUUAAUUUUCAAGUCACUUAUUAAACACAUAAUUGAUUUGUAUAAGGGGAGAAAACUUAACUGUUCGAAAGAGAAAAUAAAUUGCUUGAAUUUGUUGGACUGGGUUUUUAUAUAUUGGAAGCAAACCUAUUUUUCUAUUAUUUUAAUAGAAAAGUUAUUUUUUUUAAACUAAAGCUGAAUAAGAUGAAAUGGAAGAAAUUCUCACGGCCAAAUAUGGCAAAUUAAUUUAAAUUCUUUGAGGAGUCAGGUUUAUUUUUGACUUAAGGAUGGUAAUUUUGAGUUAAAGGUAAAUAUCAUUUCUUAGUUUUUUUCAUUGGCUCAGCUUAAAAUAGUACUUUCUCAUUUUUAUUAACCUGUAAAAUUUGAUUUGUUGAACAGGUGUAAUAUCUUAUUUCUCUGCGAGUGAGAUAAAGUUAUUUUGAACACUCA